UGAAAAAAAUGGCGACGUUCACUGACUGCAUUUCUGCGCCGCCUGAGCUGUAAAAUCCCCAGAAACUCUCGUACACAUCGCGAAUGGGAUUUCGGGCUGCCAGAGGAGGAAUAUCUGCACUUUUUGGCGCGUUUUACCCGCGGGAUUGGAGAGAAAUCAAAGCGGAAGUGUGGGUGUGUCUACUGUCAGUAUGUUGGAAUCGGCCUGUCGGGAUGGAUAUCUGACAGUCAGGUCGGAACCUCUAGAACCCAAGCACCUGCUUCCCAAGAGAGAGAAAAUCUGCAGCGACCAGGAGACCAACUUGACCGUGGGCCAGUACGUGUUGUGUCGCUGGUCUGAUGGCCUUUACUACCUGGGCAAGAUCCAGAGAGUGAGCACCUCAAAACAGAAUUGCUUUGUGACGUUUGAAGACAACUCCAAGUUCUGGGUGCUUUGGAAAGACAUACAGCAUGCUGGUGUCCCUGGGGAAGAACCCAAAUGCUCAGUGUGUUCUGACAUGUCUCUGGUUCCUGGUAAUGAAGUUCUUAUCUGUGGAAAGUGUGGAAUAGGCUAUCACCAGCUCUGCCACUUGCCCCCAGUGGAGAGCUCAGCUGACCUUUCUCCAUGGUUCUGCAGGAAGUGCAUUUUUGCUUUAGCUGUGAGAAAAGGGGGAGCUCUGAAAAAAGGGCCAAUUUCUAAAGCGCUGCAGGCCAUGAAGCAGGUGCUGCCCUAUAAUCCAGAGGAGCUGGAGUGGGACUCUUUGCAUCGUACGAACCAUCAGCAGUGCUACUGCUACUGCGGAGGACCUGGAGAGUGGUAUCUGAAAAUGCUGCAGUGCUUUCGCUGUGAGCAGUGGUUUCAUGAGGCGUGUACGCAGUGCCUACAGGAGUCCAUGAUGUUUGGAGAUAGGUUUCAUUUGUUCAUUUGUGCGGUGUGCAAUAAAGGAGUGGAAUACAUCAAGCGGCUGGCGCUCAGAUGGGUGGAUGUUGUCCAUCUCGCGCUGUACAACCUGGGAGUCCAAAGUAAGAAAAAAUACUUUGAACUGGAAGAGAUCCUGACCUUCAUCAGCAACAACUGGGACCAUAUCCAGAUGGGCAAGCUCUCCAACACCCCUCUGUCUGAACGGGGCCAGUAUAUUCUUGAUGCCCUCAACAACUAUAAAAGCAAGUUUCUUUGCGGCAAGGAGAUCAAGAAGAGGAAAUGCAUUUUCCGACUAAGGACAAGGGUCCCUCCUAAUCCCCCAUCUAAGUUGUUUCCAGAGAAGGCCCAGAACAGUGAGGGCCACAGGGGCCGCAAAAAAGGGGUCAGCAGAAACAGUAACUCUGUUCCUGCAGAGAAGCGGAGGAAGAAGAGGUCCAAGUGGCUGCUGGAGGAUGCUAUUCCUAAUAUGGAGUCUGUGGAGGCUGAAAAUGGCAGUGAAACCAUGCCAGAGAUGAGAAUGCCAUCAGUCAGUGGUCACGUAUCUGGGUUUGCUUUAGUGCUGAAGGUCAGAUUCUUAUACGAAUAUUCCAGGAAAAAUGUGGGCAGUCGGAAGAGGAAGUUGCCCUCCUCUAAUUACACUGCGCUGGCCACAAAAAGAGAGAUGGUGGAGCGUGAGCUGAGCCCCAUCAGCAUGCCUGGAGAGGAGAGUAACGUCAUGAUGGAGAACAGCAUCGACAGCCACACUUUUGAGAGCAUCAGCGAAGACGAUUCCUCACUGUCUCACCUCAAGUCUUCCAUCACCAACUAUUUUGGGGCGGCCGGUCGGCUCACCUGCGGGGAGAAGUAUCAGGUUCUGGCUCGUAGGAUUACACCUGAAGGGAAGGUGCAGUAUUUGGUGGAGUGGGAAGGAACUACACCUUACUGAAUAUCACAGAACAGAGGUGUGGAACAGAUGGGCUGCAAAAGAAGGUGUCACGCAGUCCCCCCUCCCCCCAUAGUUACUCUCUGUUUUGCUGUUCUGAAAGUCAUAGUUUCGGAGUUCUAGUUUUGUUUUUCUUGUUUUCCACAAACCACAUACAGUGUUUUUUCUGAUACUCUGGUCUUCUCUCAUGUGGGACAUUAAAGUCUUUUUUUGUGAAGUCAUUUGCAGUGUCCUUUUAGGGCACUUUAAACAUCACAAACAUCAUUCAGUCUAGUAACAUAUGUUAUUCUUACACAGUAUAACGUCAUUAUUAGGUAGCAGAUAAAGGACAGUAUUAUACAACAUGAAGUCAUUUCAGUUUAGUUUUGGCAUUCAAACAGUUUCAUUCGCCCCAGUGAGUUUCAGUUCCUGUUAUUCAGCACUUCAAAGUUCGUGUCAGGUUUUGAGUUUAAUGUUCAUCCAAAAAUGAACAUUUGCUGAAAAUGUACUC